AUGCUGGACACUUCGCCAUACAAGACUGUAUCCAAGGCACUGCAAGCUGGCUACUGGUGGCCCACCAUGUUCCGAGAUGCACACAGAUUCGUGUCCAAGUGUGAUGUGUGCCAGAGACAGGGGAACAUCAGUAAGAGAAACGAGAUGCCACAGAACUUCAUUCUGGAAGUAGAGUGGGUAGAGGCUUUGGCCAGUCCUACUAAUGAUGCAAAGGUCGUGAUGAAGAUGUUCAAGUCGGUGAUCUUCCCUCGAUUUGGUGUGCCGAGAGUUGUUAUCAGUGAUGGAGGUUCCCAUUUCAUCAAUAUAACCUUCGAUAAUAUGUUGAAGAGGCACGGGGUGAAGCACAAGGUGGCGACUCCUUAUCAUCCCCAGACGAGUGGUCAAGUGAGCUAUCUAACAGAGAAAUCAAGAACUUUGCUGAUACCGACAUCACAGAGAGGGAAUCUGUUCCUCUUAGUGAUCCAUCUCCUGCCUAAUGGGCAUUCAAGUCAAGCUAGUGACUUAAACCAAGCGUUUGGUGGGAGGCAACCCACUAGAAACGGGUCGACCCGCCCACAGAUCGACCCACCCAUCUGGUCGACCCGCUCGACCCGCCCGACCCGGCCAUUGUACACACCCACCCGCCCGCCGACCGCUGGGACCCACCAGGUAAGUGAUUUCAGGAUCGUAGGGAACAAGAAGAAGAAGUUCCUGAGAGACAUCAGGCGCUAUUUCUGGGAUGAGCCAUACCUGUACAAGCACUACACCGAUGGUGUCUACAGGAGAUGUGUAGCUGAUGAGGAGAUACCUGGGAUCUUGUUCCACUGUCAUAGCUCAUCUUAUGCUGGACCCUUCGCCACAUACAAAACAGUAUCCAAGGCAAUGCAAGCUGGCUACUGGUGGCCUAACAUGUUCCGAAAUGCACAAAGUCCUACUAAUGAUGGAAAGGUCGUGAUGAAGAUGUUCAAGUCGGUGAUCAUCCCUCGAUUUGGUGUGCUGAGAGUUGUUAUUAGUGUUGGAGGUUCCCAUUUCAUCAAUAGAACCUUCGAUAAUAUGCUGAAGAGGCACGGGGUGAAGCACAAGGUGGCGACUCCUUAUCAUCCCCAGACGAGUGGUCAAGUAGAACUAUCGAACAGAGAAAUCAAGAACUUUGCUGAUACCGACAUCACAGAGAGGGAAUCUGUUCCUCUUAGUGAUCCAUCUCCUGCCUAA